AUGUAUACAUUCCAGAAAGCGCGGAAUCGUGAUGAAGUGGACGUAAUCGUACCAUUUGAGGAAAAUAAGCGCUCUGAUUCUGCUGAACAAGGGAAAUCAAAUCAAAAUCAAAUUAUAUCCCAAUCUCCCAUGGAAGACCAGUGGACUGCCAAUGUCGAAAAUGGGUUUCACAACCAGAAUCUGAAUUCCGUCCGAAGAUCUGAGAAGGUGUCGAUUUAUAAAGUCCCCGAAUUCCUUGUCCAAGUGAAGCAGACCGCUUAUGUUCUACAAAUGGUGUCAUUAGGCCCACUUCAUCAUGUUGCGCAUCCUGAAAUGCUUCCUCAUAAAUUGCAUGCUACACGGAAAAUGUUUGACAUGACUAAGGAGGAAUUGGAAAAACAAGUGAUAGGACAUAUUCUCGCUCUAGUUCCCGCGGUAAGAAAAUGCUACCAAUAUCACAUCAAGUAUCAAGACAGGCGUCUUGCUUGGAUGCUCACUUUGGAUGUUUGUUUUAAUAUCUUAGAAAUAUUUAGGACUUUGGGUACAGACAAAAAGUCGGAUCACUGUCUUUUUGAUCGAAAUACUAUUGAAUACACUGCAUACCCCAUGAUAGCUGACAUUCUAAUUCUGGAGAAUCAAAUUCCACUCUGUGUUCUGCUCAAGAUAUUAGAGUUAAAGGGCAAGGAUAAAACAAGCCCAUUUACAGAGCUGUGCGAUCGAGUUGGUAGCUGGUGCCCAAAUAGAAAGGUUGUUCUACCCUUUUAA